AGUGAAGUUUUCACGUUAGUCGUUUGUAAUAAACAAUGUAAAGAAAUCUAAAAAAAAAAAGUAAUUUUUGUAGUUUUUUUUUUUAAAAACCAAGAAAUGCGGGUGUGUAUCAUCACAGGAGAGCAGGCACACACUAAAUGGAGUGCAUCGGCAGUAAAAGCAGCAGUUUACCUUUGAUAUUCGAUACCAUAAAACAACUGCAGCGUGCGAGAGCAAGUGGUUUUUAUGUGGCGAAUGUGAAUUUUAAUUAAAAUCAAUUAGGCGCACCACACUCAAAAGCCCGAACCGAGCAAACAAAUAUUCGCCCUAUCAUAUCACAAACGACCGACCAAAUUCCGCGCCUAACCUGUGUGGUGCACAGCCACAAUCCAUGGACAUAAUUGCCCUAAUUGGAGACAACAGCAGCAGAGCAGCAGCAGCAGCAGCAGCAGCAGCAGCUUCGGCAGCAUGCCACAAUUUACGCUCUACAAUAAACACAAUGCUCCACCCAACAACGAUAUACUCACGCGCGUCGAUUGCGACUGCGAGCAUGUGCCGCUCUGCUCCGUUAAUGAUGUCCAGCUAAGGUUUUUGGUGCCCGACGAUCUGACGGAGGUGCGCACGCUGUGCCAAGAAUGGUUUCCAAUCGAUUAUCCACUGUCAUGGUACGAAGAUAUUACCUCAAGUACGCGCUUCUUUGCGCUAGCCGCUGUAUAUAAUCUGGCGAUAAUUGGUUUAAUUGUUGCCGAAAUCAAACCGUAUCGAAAUGUCAAUAAGGAGGUAAUAGCCAAUUUCAGUGAUAGUGAUGACUUUUACAACAGGCUGAGCGGUUUUCCCAUGCAGGACAAAGGCAUAUUGCCCGACUCGAUGGGUCGCACCGCGGAUGUUGGCUACAUAUUGUCGCUGGGCGUGCAUCGGGCACAUCGUCGGAAUGGCAUCGGUUCGCUGCUGCUGGACGCGCUGAUGAACCAUUUGACGACGGUAGAAAGACAUGCGGUGAAGGCAAUCUUCCUGCACACGCUGACCACAAAUCAACCUGCCAUAUUUUUCUAUGAGAAAAGAAGAUUUACGUUACACUCGUUUCUGCCUUACUACUACAACAUAAGGGGCAAGGGCAAGGACGGUUUCACGUACGUGACCUACAUAAACGGCGGUCAUCCACCUUGGACAUUAUUAGAUCACUUCAAGCACUACGCUUCCAAGCUGCGUCACACAGGUAGCCUUUGCGUCUGGAUGGUAUCCCGAGUACAGCAAGUGGUACGUUGGUGCUACCACAAGCUGCUCACACGCUUCAAUGUUAUUGAAUGAGCCAACGGACUGCGCCACUGCGCCCAAUCAGCCUUCCGACUCGAGAGAGCAGAAUGUAUGUAUGAUAAGUGUGUUCAAAUGAGGAUCAAACGUCAUGUAAUCAUCAUCAUCCUGUUGAGACCACCCAUUCAUAAUGUUAGGCCAAAUCAAUUCGUUUUGUAUAAAAAGAAAAAAAAAACACAAGGAACAAACACUGUUGAAAGUUGUAAAUUAGUCUUAUACAUGUAUUAUUACGUUUUUAAAUAUGUAUAUGUUUACUGCUGUAAAUAGUCGUAUCAUGUUUUAUUUGAAAUGCUGUACAAAUAACGUUAGCGCAGAAAGGAUUUUUAUACGCUCUUUUUAAUCAUUUUUAAUUUCUUUGUAUAUCUAUUUAGUGUUCUCUGUAGGUUUUUAUUUUCUACGCACAAGACAGUCAUUUUAGUUAGUUUAGCAAAACGGAACACACACACACACACACAAAGAAGCUCAUGAUUAAGCGCUUUAUUUAUGAAAACUGCACACAAUAGCUUUGAGAACUGAAACAAACAAACAAAGUAAACGAAUAAUAUAUAUGCAUAAACGAAUUACUACAGUCUUAUAAUUAUCAUUUUCAAAAUAUGUUUGCUGUCUAUUAUAGUAUUUUGUAAAAGUAUUUUAAUGCAACACUUUCACAUGCGAUUCAUGUUAUUUUAGACACAAUUUACUUAGCGAAUUGUAAUAUUUUUUAAUAAAAACUUGUAAAGUUACAAACGACAA